AUGGCGAUGUCGGCGAACCCGUUCAUGGCGCUCGACGAAGACGCCCCGCGCGCGCCCGCGCCGAGCGCGAAAGCGGCGAGCGCGCCCGCGAGUAAGCCGGCGACGAAAGUCGCUGCGCCCGCGCGAAGCAACGGUGGCAGCAAAGCUAAGCCUGCGAAGGCGACUCGUGAAUUCGAGGGCGAAGUUAUCGGUGCCGAAGGCAGCAAGGGGUUCCACGCCAAGGGCGGACGAGGCGAUCAUAAAGGUCACUCCCGCUCGGCUCGUCGCGGCGGACGCGGCGAAGGCGGCGAAGGCCGCCAACGCUCUCGACGCGACUUUGAUCGUCGUGACGCCUCGGGUCGAGGCCACGAUGGCCACCGUGGCGGUGCCGGUAAGGGCAACUGGGGCAAAGCCGGCGACGAACUCGCCGAGCUCGGCGCCAACACCGUCGAUGAAAGCGAAACCGAACCUGAGGUCGUGGAUAACUCCAGCGAGCUCACGUUCGCGCAAGCCGAAGCGCUCAAGGCCGAAAAGCGAGCGGCCCUGGCCGCUCAAUGGAAGAGGCCUGAAGCUAAGGUACUCGAUGGCUCUGCUCUCGAAGGCCUCAAGCUCAUGUCUGGCGACGCCGACGACGCCGACUUGGACUUUGGCGGCGUCGGCGUGAAGAGCAAGCGUGACCGCACGAAGAACACCACUUCCAAGCAAAAGGUUGACGUUGGCUUCCGCAUUGCUUCGACGCAACCGGCGGAUGACCGUGAUGACCGCGACGACCGUCGCGGCGGUCGCGGCGGUCGCGGCGGUCGCGACUCUGGCCGUGGCGGUCGCGGUGGCCGCGACUCCGGCCGAGGUGGCCGUGGAGAAAGCUCUCGCGGUGGCCGUGGCGGUGGUGGACGUGGAGCCAACAUCAAAAUUGAAGACACCUCCGCCUUCCCGACGCUCGGUGGCAAGUAA